GCACAAUUACAUCUCCCACGUUUACUUCUCAUUUGUUUUAGCCUAUUCUAAGAUAUUUUAGCUCCUCCACUCAAACCAGUAUUCUAGCAGUUCUGUGAAUUUUGUACUAUUAUCCGGGAUGAGUCAUUUCUCAGAGAGACCGUGACCAGACCGGCUGCUGAACACCGGAUGAGUCGGAUCCCCUCCUCACACCACACAGGAACAAAGAGACCAGAGAGCUCAUCAUCAUCAGCAGCAGCAGCAGCAGCAGCAGCAGCAUGUCGGCACCAGAGCCGUGCUGGGGAGCAUCCUCCCUCCAGUUGAGCAGGAUCAUGCGGCCAGAUGACGCCAACAUCAUGGGCAACGUCCAUGGCGGCACUAUCCUCAAGAUGAUCGAGGAAGCUGGUUGCAUCAUUGGCACACGACACUGCAACACACAGAACGGGGACCGCUGUUUGGCAGCUCUGGUUCGGGUGGAGAAGACAGAGUUCCUGUCCCCUGUGUUCAUCGGCGAGGUCGCCCACGUCACGGCUGAGAUCACGUACACCUCCAAGCACUCACUGGAGGUGCAGGUCCAAGUUAUGGCUGAGAACAUCCUCACAGGUGCAAUGAAGCUGUCCAACAAGGCUGCGCUGUGGUACGUUCCCGUCUCUCUGAAGAAUGUCGACAAGAUUAUGGAGGUGCCGCCUAUCAAGUAUGCCAGUGCAGAGCAAGCAGAGGAGGGCAAAAAGCGCUACGAGGCUCAGAAGCUGGAGAGACUGGAGACUAAAACAAGGAUUAAAGACGUGGUGUCACCUCCAUCCAACCCAGAGGAUCCAACAAAAGAGCAGCACACUGUGGGUUUCAGCCAGUCCAGUCUGAUCCAUCUGGUGGGCCCCUCUGACUGCACACUACACGACUGUGUUCAUGGAGGUGUGACCAUGAAGCUGAUGGAUGAGGUCGCUGGCAUCGUUGCAGCUCGGCACUGCAACACCAACAUUGUCACCGCCUCUGUGGACGUCAUCAACUUCCAUCGCACGAUCAAGAAAGGCUGCGUUGUGACGGUGACUGGGCGUCUCACAUUUGUCAGUAACAAAUCAAUGGAAAUUGAAGUGAUCGUAGAUGCUUCCCCACUGAUGGAGACAGAAAAAGGGAAAUAUCACGCGGUGUCCGCCUACUUCAUCUUCAUCUCCCUGGACAAGUACAACAGGACUCUCCCUGUUCCUCCUCUAAAGAUCGAAGGAGAGGAGCAGCAGAGAAGUUUUGAAGAGGGCAAAGCACGUUACCUCCAGAAUAAAGCAAAGAGACUUGCAGAGAAGGAACGUCAGCAGUGAUGCUGCUGUGUCACACACAAUUUAACACCUGCUACCAUAGUUUAUUUACCCCACACAACACAACGUAGCAUAUGAAGAAAUUAAAAUAACCCUCUCUCCUGUUCUGUAACUGUAGCCUCCUGUGAAACCUGAACCUGUGAUCCUCUUUAACUGUGCUACACACCAGAAUGUCCAUAUAUAGUUGUAUACGUGUAUAAAAGAAAGAGGGGAGGAGAUUUUUAAUGAUGUAUGAAGACUAUUUAUGAACGCUGUCCAUGCAAAGUGACUCUCUGACUAUAAAUGUAGAAGUAAGAGCUCUAUUUUGUUCUAAGCCGAUUUUUAAAAAUGAAGAUUUCGUGAUUUGUGAGAUGGUGUGAGAGCAAGAAAAAUUAUGAAUAAGUGAGUGAAUAAUAAUGAAUAAAAGAUCCAAGCGUGA